AUGGACAUAGACUUUGGUGUCAAGGCCGCGGUAAGGUGGUUCCUCGGCUGGAUCGCGGCUGCGUUUUUGCUUGUGAUAUUUCCGUUGGUGGUGCCUUGCAUGCUGGGGUUUCGUAAGAUCCGCAGUGCUUUCACGAGCUCCAAGACGAUUAGAGGCAAUGUGGUGAUUGUUACGGGGGCUUCGUCAGGAAUCGGCAGCUUCAUAGCUUUGGAGUACGCAAGAUAUGGUGCAAGGCUGGUGCUGGUGGCACGAAGAGAGAACAAACUAAGAGAAGUGGCGGAAGCGUGCUUGGAGGCUGGAGCUAUGGACGCAGCCGUGUGUCCAGCUGAUCUCACAAAGGAAUCCGAUUGCCGACGCAUCGUGGAGUUCACAGUUUCUAGAUUUGGUCGAGUUAAUGUUCUCGUCAACAAUGCUGCCAUGGCCGAGAGCGGACUUUUUGAGGAUUAUGAAACUACUGGCAGCUUUCGACGAACAAUGGCCGCGAAGGCUGCCUUGGUCCAGUUCUUCGACACCCUUCGCACUGAACCAAUCGGUCGAUUGAUCGACAUCACAAUCGGGCACAUACCAUGGUGGUGGCCGAUGAUACCAAGCGGGGACGCCGCCAAGGCCGUGGUGGACGCCAGCAUCUCGAGGAAACGCCACGCGAUCGUCCCAAGCUGGUACUCUUCCUGGCUUCCUUACCGAGCCUUCGCCCCGGAGCUCAUGGAAUGGCUACCGCGCGCGACGCUGGUGGGGAAGCCGCCAUCGAUCAUGGUGAAUCGAGCCCUAAACGCGAUUCUAGGCGAGGAGCUCACCAGCAAGCUCUUCCGCGCCAUCGCCGCGCUAAAUUUUUGA